AUGAGACUUUCGGUGUUGGCACUCGUUUUCCUUCUUGUAGUCCAGAUUUAUGCUGAGAAACCAUUAACUGUCAGAGCCAAACGGCAGCAAUGCCAGUGUAUUCGUAACCCAAAUGGAGGAAUGACUUGCAGUUGCAUCAAGCCUUCUGUUGAUCAUGGUGAGACCUUGUUCAAUGCUGAAUCUCAACAACAAGCUGAACUCGCGCACGAACUUCAGAACAUUCAAUCCCACGACAAUAAUGCUCAAGCCAGAUGUGCUUGUCUACAAAUUGUUUUCCAUGGAAACCCUCAAUAUCAGUGUCAGUGUGGAGACAACAAUGGAAACCCGCUUCCAACCACCACGACUCCUGUCACGACAACUACCACAGCAGCUCCAACCACGACUACCACGCAUCUACCGGAACCAGUUCAUACAACUACUCAAGGACACGGCCAAUGCCAAUGUAUCAUGAUCCGCAUUUCUGGACCAGCUUCAGCUCACUAUCAAUGCAAUUGCUUGAACCAACAGGGAUCUAACACCACUCACCAAAUGAUCAGUCAACAAGUUUUCACAACUCAACCACCUAUGACAACUCACGCUCCAGAGAUCGAAGUUACACUUCCAGUUGAGCCUAUCCCUCAACCAUUGAAUCCUGAGACAUCUUAUCCUUUAACAACCACAUGCAUCAUGUACGUUGGUGGUCAGACUUCCAACGCUUGCUCGUGUCUUCCUAAAUACGAUCAGUGUGCUCAACACAUCUGCUGUCUUCAAGCUAAGUAUCGUAGCUAUAAGACUUCGCCAGUUAUGAAUGACAGUCCUAAAAAGAACGAACCCACGACAAUCGACAUGCUCAUGAAUGUACUUCAGAAAAUUAAAACGAAGCUAGAUAACUAA